UCCGCGAAACGGAGCGGUGUGGUUCGGAUAGCAUUUAUUGGCGGGAGAUUUGCAGUGAACAGUACGUAGGGAUUUAUUAGAAAGAAAAAACGUUUAGUACAAAAAAAUAUAUUUGUUCGAUUUUAGUGUUUCGUAUUUGAAAAUUUACAAUUGAACAAAAUGAGGAGUCUGGUGUGUGUCUGUCUGUUUGUGUUGGUCUGCGGAGCCUUCGCUAAGAACAAAAAGGAUGACCAUAAGGUGAAAAUCGCGGUGUACUACGAGUCCCUCUGCCCUGACUCGAAGAAGUUCAUCACGUCGCAGCUGGCGCCCGUGUGGAGGGACUUCAAGGGCGUUAUCAAGGUCAAGCUGGUGCCGUAUGGCAAGAGCACCCACGAGAAAGUGAACGGUAAAUGGGAGUUCACCUGCCACCACGGCCCCGACGAGUGUUACGGCAACAAGAUCCAGUCGUGUAUCCUGAAGGACAAGAGUCUCGCGGACACGGAGAAGAUGGAGCUAGUGGUCUGCCUCAUGAGCCAGGCCAGCCCCGACAAGGCGCUCGACACGUGCGUGGGACAGCCGCAGCAGGCGGCGCUGCGCGCGUGCGCGGGCGCAGAGCGCGGCGCCGCGCUGCUGGCGCAGGCCGGGGACAAGACGGCGGCCGUGGCGCGCCCGCUCAGCUUCGUGCCCACCGUCAUUAUCAACGAGAAAUUCGACCAAUCGGUGCAGGACGAGGCGUUCAAGAACCUGAAGAGUGUGGUGUGUCGCGUCGCGGACCCCAAGCCGGCCGUGUGCUGAUUCAUAGCAGCGAAUUCCCUCUAUUAUUAAGUAGGCUAAGUUUUACUUGAGUCAAUGGGCGUCGCCAGCUGAGGUUCCAGGGGGGGAGGGGGGGGGGGGGGGUCAUACAGAGCUCACGGAGCACAAGCCAGUAAUCACUGACAUAACAUUGACGCGACAAUGAUUUAAUAUAAAUACAAACAAACGGAAAAUUAAUAAAUGAAACAUAGGUACUUAUUAUAUAUAUAUAUAUAUAUGUUGUAUAGAAUUUGAAGUAUAAAGCGGUGGUGGUCAAGUAGUUAAGACCGUCCGCUUCUGAAUGGAAGGUCCCAGGUUCGAAUCCUACUCGUGCCACAUGAGUUUGCAUACCAAGUUUUCAUAGACCACCACUUGCUUCCGGUGAAGGGAAACAUCGCGAGGAAACCUGCACACUGGUUGACAGUUUAGUUCACUAGUGCGUAUGCCUGCCACUAGACGGCGGAGGGCGGAGGCGAUAGGUAGUAGUAGGUAGGACUUGAAUAAAAUCUGACACCAGUGACAGCAAUAACACUCGAUAUGAAUUAAAUGUGUAUGUAAAUGAAUUUUUUUUAGAUUCUCUAGGUUGGGCUGCUGUUCCUUGUGCCCCCCCCCCUUGGCGACGCCCUUGCAUACAGUGUGCAAGAGGGGUAGCGACAAAUCUUAAAAAUAAAGCUAUAGGUAAACACAGGAGCAAUGGCGUCCGGCACACCGCAUACAUUGCGGUAAAUAAAAGCGCUCGUACAAACGUACGCAAUGUUCGUGCAUUCGCGCCGGCGUUUGUCAGAGUUCGGCGAUCGUGUCGCUUAAAUUUAUGGGCAGAAACUUUGGAAAAAAAUCUUGUGUGAUAAUUUUCUUAUGACUGUGGACAUGGCACCAUCACAUUUUGUCAAAUAAAUCAAUAGCCAAAAAUGAAAAAUAUUACAAGACAUUUUUUUUAUACUAUCAAAUCGGCAGAGGCGUGCGGCCUGAUGGUAAGUGGUCACCGCAGCCUAUGAACGCCUGCAGAGUGUAGUCAGUACAAAAUGUAGUCACAAUUUACGGCAAGGAUUUUGGUGAACACCGUGUUGUUUUGCAAAUUUUGCCAACUGUGUUGAAAACUAUAUAUAGUGUAAAAUUGUAAGUAGAUUAUUUAUUUAGUUUUCGCUCAUGAAAAAAAAGUUAAUUUAUGAAAAUAUGAUGAAUAUAGGCGUCAGUCUGCGCCACCACCUCUUAAUGCAAAAUAUAUUAUAAUAUAUUCACGCAAAUAAUUUUUGUAUACAGGGUUACAUAUAAAACAACUCUUGACAAGAAAACUGGCAUUAUGUGAACGUUUGUUCUAUAUGUUUUGGCAUAAUUGAUUAGAAAAAAUAUUUUUAGUUGUCAUUGUCAACCGCUGUCAUUCUUACGCCUUACGUCAUUGAUCUGGCAACACUGACGCGCGUCGUUGUGGCGGACGAUCAGUAUAGAUCACCAUAGUUUCAUGCAGGAUAUCUUCUGCAUGAAACUGUAUGGCGCGGUAAUAGCGGCGAGAUUGCAAUGAAUUUGGGUAGUUUGAUGUGUCGUAGGUACAGUCAACAGACUGUACCUACGAUGGAGCCGUAGAAGAUUAUUUAUUUUUGUUUAUUAAAACUCUAAGAACAAUCGUUAAAUGACCAGUUUUGUUUAAUAAUUGUUAUUAUUAUAAUGGUUGUCGCCUACCCUACAGUGUAUGUUGCAAAACUAAACUUAAAAAUUACGAUUUUUAAGUUUAGUAGGAAUUUGUAAGAAUUUUGUAAUUACAAUAGUACUACUAGUA